GAUUCAUACAAAUAUGAUUCUCAGUGGGAAAAAGACUUGAGGAGGCAUCAGAUAUGUUUGAAAAGAUGAAAGAAAUGAGUUUGGUUCCUACUGCUGUGAAUUACAACACCUUAUUCGAUUUUGAUGGUUACUGCAGUAAAGGAGAUUUGGAAAUGGCUUUCUGUUAUAGGGAUGAAAAGAUUGAGCCUGGUAUAAUGCCAACUGUAUCAAUUUACCAUUUGUUAAUUCAUGCUCUCUUUAUGGAAGGGAGAAUGGUUGAAGCUGAUCAUUUGGUAUGUAAUGCCACAGAAGCAUUUGAUCUCCAUGAUGAGAUGUUGAGGAAGAGAAUGAAGGAGGCUGAUGAUCUAUUUGAGAAGAUAACAGGUAAAGGUGUGUCACCAGAUAUUAUAAUGUUCAAUGCCUUGAUUGAUGGUCACUGUGCCAAUGGACAUUGCAGGGAAGUUAGGGUUAAAGAAACUCAUAAGCUUCUGGAUGAGAUGAAGGGGAGGGGGAUUAAACCUGAUCACAUUAGUUACAACACCCUCAUUAGUGGGUAUAGUAGACAGGGUGAUUUGAAGGAUGCCUUUAGAGUUCACGAUGAGAUGUUGAAUUUAGGUUUCAAUCCCACUUUCCUGACUUACAAUGCACUUAUACAAGGUUUAUUUAAAAACCAAGAAGAAGAUCUUGGUGAAGAGCUUCUGCAGGAAAUGGUUAGUAAAGGCAUUACCUCUGAUGAUAGCAUUUACUAUGCAUUGACUAAGGGGAUGAGCAAAGUCAAUCCUGCAAUGGAAAGCAGUAAUCCUGCUUGAUUGAGGGGAGAGAAGGAAAGUUGGCCACUUUAUAAAAGAUACGGCUCUAUGGCUAAAAAAUUCAAUUGUGCACAGCAUAACAACCUUUGAUGGAGAGGAGUGUAUGGUGAAGAAUCAGCUUUGUUUGUUCAAGAGGAGAGUAUCUUAGAGGAUUUUCAGUACUUUAGACUUCAGAGACAUUUUUUUAUUGGCUUUCCAUAGAAAAUUUUGUUGAAUAAUCCUUGUUGACUGAAAUGAGUUUCAAGGGUAAAUGACUUCUUGAUUUUGGAUGUUGCAAAGCUUCAACGUAAAUUUGUAAGUUGCUUUUGCUCAUCCCGAGUCUUGUUCGAUAUGGUAAUGCAGAGUGAAUAUGCUGUCUAUUGAAGCCAUUGCUGUAAUGGUUGUAUGAUUGUAUCAAGCUUUAUGCCUUGUGAAUGUAUUGUGUAUUGAAGUUGUUGCAAUGUUAUAUCAAGUUUAUUUCUGAUAAUUCUGUUCAAUAUGAUUUAGAGAUAAUCCAUCAAAUCAAAUGGAAACGGUAAU